CACAAUGCACCAACAGAAGACAAUGUCUUAGUCACAAAUCAUGGCUCCAGACAGAUGUUUGACUGUGCUCGUGCUUGUUGCGGGUCUUUGCUCGAGUUUUACGUAUGCCAAGCUUCCAAACAUUGUGUUUAUAGUUGCAGAUGAUUUAGGUUUCAACGACGUGGGUUUUAACAACCCCGAUAUUUUGUCUCCCAACAUCGAUAAACUAGCCAGCGAGGGAGUGAUUCUCAAUCAGAGUUACGUCCACCCCUUAUGUACACCAUCUAGAAGUGCCUUUUUAACAGGUCUGUAUCCAUGGAAGACAGGCUUACAACACGGGGCUUUAUUGCCGCUGCAGCCGGUGUGUGCCCCAUAUAAUGUCACCCUCCUGCCACAGGUACUCAAAGAACAAGGCUAUGCAACACACAUUAUUGGAAAAUGGCACCUCGGCUUCUGCAACUGGAACUGCACACCAACGUACCGCGGUUUUGACAGUUUCUUCGGCUUUUACAACGGACAGGAAGAUUACUAUGCUCAUACGCUAGGCGUUAACGCGUUGGACUUGCGUGACGACGAAAAGCCUGACCGGUUAGAGGGAGGAAUCUACUCAGCGGAGCUGUUCGCCAAGAGAGCCAAGCGAAUUAUCACCAACCACGACAAGAGCAGACCUCUCUUUAUGUACUUGCCUUUUCAGAAUGUGCACGCUCCAGUACAGGUCCCACACCGCUAUUCAAACAUGUAUGCUCAUAUUCAAGAUGAAACCAGAAGAAAUUUUUCUGGUAUGGUAAGUGCUAUGGAUGAAGCAAUUGGAAACAUCACAACUGCACUCAAAGAAGCUGGACUCUAUGACAACACUCUGAUAGCUUUUACGUCUGAUAAUGGAGGUAACCCUAACCAGGGAGGGAACAACUUCCCCCUUCGAGGUUCCAAGAUGACUAUUUGGGAAGGUGGCACCAGGGCAGUCGCAUUCGUCCACGGCCCUAUGCUACAGAAAACGGGGUACAGGCACAACGGAAAAUUCCACGCUGUCGAUUGGUUCCAAACUUUUCUGGCGGUUGCUGGUGGCUCUCCAGCCGAAAACAUUAACAUGGACAGUAUGAACCUGUGGCCUAUGCUGAAGUUUGGAAUAGAUUCCGCUAGAACAGAGUUCGUCUAUCACUUAGACAAUAAAUUCCCUCCACUCCAAGGGCAUGCCGCUAUCAGAGUCGGCGAUUACAAGUACAUCAAAGGAUUCCCUGGGCCGUUCAGUGGCUGGGCCGUACCACCAAAGGUGCAACAAUCCCAAAAGUAUUUGAACUUGGAUGAUCACAGAGACAGCCUCGAUGCCCUCCACAAAUACAUGCAGAAUUCAAAAACUUUACCAGGAUAUUUGGGGCAUGGACUGUAUAAUAUAAGGGAUGAUCCUACGGAGCACAAAAAUUUGGUCCUUACCAUGCCCAAAGUUGUGCGAGAGUUGAGGAUGAAGUUAAAAUUGGCACAACAAGAGAUGGUACCCGCGAAUGCCCCACCGGGGGAUAACAAAGGAAACCCGAACAAUUUUGGGGGAGUUUGGACACCGGGAUGGUGCUGAUAAUGUUGAUAUUACAUGUACAUUUACUAUGGAAUAGUGUCGGUUUAAAAUGAAUUGACUUGAUGAAAAGUACUAACGAAGUUUUUUUUUAAACUUUUUUGUCAUUUGAUUUUUUUGUUUGUUUUUAUGUUGGCUAUUCUUUCUUCGGACUGAGGAAGGAGCUAUAGUGCUUAAAAUUUCUUUUAGCCAUUUGUUUCAUGCUAUUUCAUUUCAAUAUGAUUUACGAUUAAACUGAUUUCUAUGAA